AGAUGAGCAGAUGUCGCCAUCAGGACACAAGAUGCAGAUGUUCCACACACACGUGCUUGGUCUGGUCCUCUUGCUACUGCUGGUUUUUCCAACAGGACUUUGUGAACAGAACCAGAGUCGCAGAGCCGUCAGCGAGCACCAGCUGAUGCACGACCGUGGUCACAGCAUCCAGAGCCUGAAGAGACUGAUCUGGCUGUCCAGCGCCAUGGAGGGCCUCCACACCGCUCAGGUCCGCUCGGCCGCCUUGGGCCCCAGAAGGUCCCUCAACUUACUCCUGGAGCCUGACCUGCUUGCUGCUCAGGGCCCUCAAGCCGCUCACCUGCAGAACCUUCUGAGAGACUUCUUGGUUAACCCUUACUUGACGCAAGUGUCAGAGUGGGAGACUUGAACACACACACACACACACACACACACACACACACACACACACACACACACACACACACACACACGCACGCACGCACGCACGCACGCAUGCACACACACACACAAAAAAAACUUAUACAUGCAUGUACAUAACACACACACAUAUACACAAUUUAAACAUGGCUGUAGAUAACAACACGCACACACACACACACACAAUUUAAACAUGCAUGUACAAAAUAACACACGCACACACACACAAUUUAAACAUGCAUGUACAUACCACACACACACACACAGUUUAAACAUGCAUGUACAUAACAACACACACAAACACACACGCAAUUUAAACAUGCAUGUACAUACCACACACACACACACACACACACACACACAUUCACGCACACACAAUUUAAUCAUGCAUGUACAUAACACACACACAAACACAAUUUAAACAUACACGUACAUAACACACACACACACAAUUUAAACAUGCAUGUACAUAACACACACACACACACAGUUUAAACAUACACGUACAUAACAACACACACACACAAUUUAAACAUGCAUGUACAUAACACACACACAAUUUAAACAUGCAUGUACAUAACACACACACACACACACACACACAAUUUUAAACAUGCAUGUACAUAACAACACACACACACACACAAUUUAAACAUGCAUGUACAUACAUAACAACACACACACACAAUUUAAACAUGCAUGUACAUAACACCACACACACAAUUUAAACAUGCAUGUGCAUAACACACACACACAACUUAAACAUGCAUGUACAUAACACACACACACAGUUUAAACAUACAUGUACAUAGCAAUACACAAACAAUUUAAACAUGUAUGUACAUAACACACACACACACAACACACACACACACUUUAAACAUGCAUGUACAUAACAACACACGAACAACUUAAACAUGCAUGUACAUAACACACACACAAACCACUUAAACAUACAUGUACAUAACACACACACAAUUUAAACAUGCAUGUACAUAACAACACACACACACACACAAUUUAAACAUGCAAUUGCAUAACAACACACACACAAUUCCAACAUGCAUGUACAUAACACACACACACAACUUAAAAAUGCAUGUACAUAACACACACACAAACCACUUAAACAUGCAUGUACAUAACACACCCACACAAUUUAAAUAUGCAUGUACAUAACAACACACACAAUUUAAACAUGCAAUUACAUAACACACACACAAUUUAAACAUGCAUGUGCAUAACAACACGCACACAAUUUAAACAUGCAUGUGCAUAACACACACACACAACUUAAACAUGCAUGUACAUAACAACACACACACACACCUUAAACCUGCAUGUACAUAACACACACAAUUUAAACAUGCACGUACAUAAUAACACACACACACACACACACACACACAAUUUAAAGAUGCAUGUACAUAACAACACACACA